GAGAGGUUGUCUAUUAUUUUAGGCAUUGGUUGACACUGCCAGAAAUGAAUUCACAGAGUGCUAAUACACGGAUUGCUGAUCAUUAUUUAUGCAUAGUUGAUUUGUAUAAGCCAUCCAGAUAUUGGGCAUAUUUUAAUGUACCUUUGCAACAGCAACUACUUACGAUGAGGGCGAUUUUGAAAAACUUUAUCACACAGAGCUUUGGGGUGCCAAAUGUACAAGACGAACAUAUGAAAAUAUUCUACUGGUCCAGUGGCUA